AAUAUUUAUUGUUGCAGAAAAUGCGGCGCCCUCGAUCCGACUGAAAAUGGUGUAAGAAAACACGAAGUCAUUUCGAAAAUUGGUUGUGAACGGAACAAAUAUGAGUGCAAUAAUAAAAGCAUUACUAGUGCCAUUUCUUGCGUUGUGUUUUUCGGUGAUAUGGAACUCCAAUCGAGUUAAUGGAGAUGUAUUCUUACAUCGGGGGAGAAAUAGGAAGCCGGUUUUAUCGCCCAUAACCUCAUCGAGGGAACGGAAACCGAACAUAGUGCUAAUUUUAACUGACGAUCAAGAUGUCGAAUUAGGUUCGUUAAAUUUUAUGCCAAAAACUUUACGUGCGAUACGCGAUAAAGGUGCCGAGUUUCGUCACGCAUACGUAACGACUCCUAUGUGCUGCCCGUCACGAUCCUCGCUUCUGACAGGAAUGUAUGUGCAUAAUCAUAAUGUGUUCACAAACAAUGACAAUUGUUCAAGUACUCUUUGGCAGGCGACUCACGAGACCAGAUCGUUUGCUACUUAUUUAUCGAAUGCUGGAUACAGAACAGAAAAUGCGGCGCCCUCGAUCCGACUGAAAAUGGUGUAAGAAAACACGAAGUCAUUUCGAAAAUUGGUUGUGAACGGAACAAAUAUGAGUGCAAUAAUAAAAGCAUUACUAGUGCCAUUUCUUGCGUUGUGUUUUUCGGUGAUAUGGAACUCCAAUCGAGUUAAUGGAGAUGUAUUCUUACAUCGGGGGAGAAAUAGGAAGCCGGUUUUAUCGCCCAUAACCUCAUCGAGGGAACGGAAACCGAACAUAGUGCUAAUUUUAACUGACGAUCAAGAUGUCGAAUUAGGUUCGUUAAAUUUUAUGCCAAAAACUUUACGUGCGAUACGCGAUAAAGGUGCCGAGUUUCGUCACGCAUACGUAACGACUCCUAUGUGCUGCCCGUCACGAUCCUCGCUUCUGACAGGAAUGUAUGUGCAUAAUCAUAAUGUGUUCACAAACAAUGACAAUUGUUCAAGUACUCUUUGGCAGGCGACUCACGAGACCAGAUCGUUUGCUACUUAUUUAUCGAAUGCUGGAUACAGAACAGGAUACUUUGGGAAAUACUUGAACAAGUAUAACGGGUCAUACAUUCCGCCCGGUUGGAGGGAAUGGGGUGGAUUGAUCAUGAAUUCUAAGUACUACAACUACUCAAUUAAUAUGAAUGGGAAAAAGAUUAAGCAUGGCUUUGAUUAUCAAAAGGAUUAUUACUCGGACCUGAUUGCGAACGAUUCGAUAGCAUUCCUCAGACAGUCAAAGAAAAAUAGCGCUCACAAACCAGUUAUGUUGACGAUGUCUUUCCCGGCCCCACAUGGACCGGAAGAUUCGGCACCUCAAUAUUCUCAUCUCUUCUUCAACGUUACCACGCACCACACACCUUCAUACGAUUACGCUCCGAAUCCCGACAAGCAGUGGAUAUUGCAAGUGACUCAAAAGAUGCAGUUCAUCCAUAAACAAUUUACCGAUUUGUUGAUGACGAAACGACUUCAAACGUUACAAUCUGUAGAUUCGGCCGUUGAACGUGUAGUGAACGAAUUAGAAGCACUGGGCGAGUUAGAAAAUACAUACGUGAUAUACACCUCCGAUCACGGAUAUCAUCUGGGACAGUUUGGCUUAAUAAAAGGUAAAAGUUUUCCUUUUGAAUUUGAUGUUCGAGUGCCAUUUCUGGUUCGUGGUCCUGGUGUUGAGCCAGGAACAGUUGUUGAUGAUAUCGUUUUGAAUAUCGAUUUGGCGCCCACAUUCUUAGAUAUGGCUGGUGUUGAACCUCCUAAUCAUAUGGAUGGUCACUCAGUGCUACCAUUAUUUUUAAACACUAAGCGAAGAAAAUUUAAGUGGCUUGAUACAUUUUUAAUUGAAAGUUCAGGGCGUCGUGAGUACCAACUUCCCGUCAAGCCGAAAGCGGGACGGUAUUCAACUGAAAGCAGUGUAUGGAAUAUUACUACGGUUGCUCCACCUACUAGUUUCGCGCCUUCAGAAUACUCCACAAGAAAAAUAUUCGACAUAACAACAGUGGCACCGCAGCAUUUUCUUGAUUCACUUGAGGAAGCGGAUGCUAUUGAUGAGGGCGAAUUUGAGGAUGAGGUUGAGGAUGACGAUGAUGGCGAAAUUGAAAUUGAUGACGAUGACGAUGAGGGGGGAGACGAUAACGACGAAGAAGAAGAAAUUAAUUCUUAUGAUACGUUACCGCAAAACAAGCACCCUGAGGAAAUAACGGAAGACCAUCUAAAAGCGUCGACACAAAUUGACAAUCAACUUGUGCUCCCGUUAUCGCCAAAUAAACUUGAGAGACUGUCUAUGGAAUGUUCUCUCGAAGAAUAUCAGUUACCUUGUCAACCCGGGCAGAAGUGGUACUGCCAAUACGAAUACGGGAGAUGGAGGAAACAUAAAUGCAAACUGCAAAUACCUAUUCCCCAGUUUAAGAAAACGUACAGAAAAUGUGCCUGUUUUACACCGGAAGGAUUAGUGUACAAGAAGAUCCCUAUUAACACGACAUUGGCCAUUGUAAAGAAACCUUUUAGACCAAGUAGAUUCAAAAGGGAAGAGCAAACGGAUCGCAAUAGGAAGGAUGCAUUGUCACAUGUAGAUUUAGUAAUGGAAAAUAUCAGAGAUCAAUUGGAUGGUUUGCAGGCUGUAAAUGCAUCAUGGCAAGAAAGUCAUUCUUCCCGAAAUAGUUUGGAUGCAAAUGUGGUGUUCCAAAAUGCUGGUCCAGGAUGUGUAAUACUAAUAUCUGGUAAAGUAAAUUGUUCAAAUGACAUAUAUCAAGAUAGAAAAACGUGGAGACAAUCAAGACAUUAUAUCGAUAAUGAGAUUCAAAGACUGAGGCAGAAACUUGAGAAUUUGAAGGAAAUAAGAAGACAUUUAAAGUAUUCUCGCCCUAGUGUUACUCACAAUGAAGUUUACAACAUUACUCGUGUCAAUGAAGAGGUGCUACCUGUCAAAACAGACUCUUUGAACUUUGACCAUGUCAACAUGGGAAGUGUAUCGUUACCCAAAAUUGAUGAUUUACCAUCUGCUCAACAUACAGACGAUUCACUCAUUGGUAUAGCUAACAGAACUGAACUCGAAAAUAACCUGGAACCUUCCAUUAAAUCUACCAAAAAGCGAAGAAGACCUGAAAAUGAUCAUCCAUACCAUGAAAAUAAACGGCGUAAAAUUAAGCACCACAGUAUUGAAAACUCUUACAAUGUGACUACUGAACAUGAAUACUUACCAACCACUGAUAAUCCUUACAAUGUUACUGAAACUUCAUCCACAACUCGUCACAGGCACCACCACAGACACAAACACUACAGUUCAACACCAUCGUAUCAGACAUACCUUGAAUCCACACAAAGUACAACAAGUAGCAUUGUCACUUCUUCUGUUGGAAUUCCAACAGAAAGCGAAAUACAGAAUGGUACAACCGAAAGUAUUUCAUCAAAUAUAGUCAUGGAUAACCAAAACCAUAUACCAAAGCCGCUGACAAAUAGCACGACUUCAGGAAUUGGAACUCAUCGAAAUGAAUAUUGCCAUUGUGAAUCUGAAGAACCACAUCCGACUUCAGAGAAAGAACUGGCGCGCCUCAAUAAGCAACGUAUUAAAGACGAAAGGAUGAAGAAGAAAGAAAGGAAACAACGCAAAAAAGCCAAGUUGAAAAAGGAGUGUUUAUCAGAAAAAAUGAACUGUUUCAGUCAUGAUAAUGACCAUUGGAGAACAGCACCCUUAUGGGUGGCGGGGCCGUUCUGUUUCUGCAUGAAUGCUAAUAAUAACACAUACUCGUGCAUCAGAACCAUUAAUGCCACGCACAAUUUUCUCUACUGUGAAUUCACAACAGGGCUUAUAACAUACUACAAUCUCCGUAUUGAUCCGUUUGAAUUACAGAAUCGAAUUGAUCAAUUACAACCUGAUGAACGUGCAUAUUUGCACGAAAAACUCCAAAGUUUAAUGGCGUGUAAAGGGAAAUCGUGUAGAAGUGCAAGCGCCAUUUUGCCAGCAAGAUCGAAACUAAAUAUAUUACCAAUGCAUUCCAUUCUUCCACAAGGUCAAAGUCAAAAGUAUCACAAGAGGCGGAAAGCUGUUGAGGAAUUUAAUGUCAAUCAAGUGGAUAGAAGACACAUUCAUACCUACAACAAUGUACACAGAAAUAAAUAUGAGGGACACAGGAAUGUUGAACCAUACAGACACAAUGCGACCAGUAAAAGAAACCAAUUUAAUCAAUUUUAUUAACUUGUAUAGGUAGUAUAUUAUUUAAAUUAUUUUUAGUUUAAUACAAUUAUUGUGACCAUAUUUGUUUUAAAAUGUCACUAUAAAUAUGUGUGGUAAUUUAUACAUUUUAAACUGUUGCAUACUCCACUAAAAAGAAGUGCAAAACAAACAUGUGUGACAUAUGGAUAAAUAGGCAUUUACUUAGCAAUGUACAGAUAAAGGAGAAAUACUGUAUUCCAUUGUAAUCCUUCUUUUGCUAGAAAGACUUUUUCGCUAGAGAAAGAGACCCAUCUUCCAGACCUUUUUAGGUCAGAGUCUUAGUGGCAGAAUUUGCUUUUGUCAGCUUAACAGUAGAUACUCACUCUUUACUUAAUAAUUACGAAGCUUAAUGCUUGACUAUAGUCAGUCUUCUCGGUUAUUUUAAGUGGAGUAUACUGUAAUUUUAAAUUUACCAAAGAAAUUGUAUGUUCUCUGUUGAAAAGUUGUCUGAACUGGUAUACUGAAAGUAUUAUUUGGGCACCUUUUCGAUUUUGAAUUAAAUGAAAUGAACAUUUUUCGAACUUGCCCAGAAUAAAAUCGGGGAGACCUUUGAUUUGAUUUUGUUGUACAAAGUGUCACUGCGAGGUGCGAGUGAAAACAUUUACACAAAAAAGUACCAAACCAAAAUCAAGAUCUCACAACAGUAUUGGGCUUAUGCAGCGCCAGACUUUGAUUUAUAGAAAAUCGCUUUAAUGUAUUUGUAUUACACAUGCGGGAAUCCAGAAUUGUUUAUCAGUUAGAUGAGCUUUAAACAGCUCUGAUAUGAAGGUAGUUACUAAAAGUUGUGACAAUCAAGCUUUUUAUUAUUUUAAAAAU